CCCCACCCCUGCCCCACCUCGUCCUUGUUGCCAUAAAUGAGGCCAGCUCAGCCCCACGGCACAGGCCAGGCUGAAAUGUGGGGCUGGGCUAUGGGGCUGGCCCCAUUGCUGCCACUGCUGCUGCUGCCAGGAGCUGUGGGGCUGCAGUGCCUGAGCUGUGGGGCACAGGACGAGAGCUGCUAUGGGGCCAACGUCACCUGCCCCCCCGAGAGUGACGUCUGUGCUGAGGCCCUGGCCAGUGUCACCUGGAGUCACGGCCGGACGGCUCUGGGUGGGCGUGGCUGUGGGCGUGGCCACGCCGGGUCCCUGUCACGUGCCCUGACCCUCCCGGGGCUGGUGCUGUUCGUGCGGCGGCGGCAGUGCCGGGGGGGGGAGGGGCCGUGUAAUGGAGAGCUGCCCAUGGGGGGGGAGGGGGAGCUGCCCAUGGCUGACAACGUCACGGAGCAGACACCCAAUGGGCUUCGCUGCUUCGGUUGCCCUGACAACGGCUCCUGCUCCGCCCCCAUUGUGGUGCAUUGCUAUGGGGAGCUCCGGGCCUGUUUCCAUGGCAACGUCACCGUCACCCUGGGUGAGAGCCAAUGGGAGGGCAGGGAGGGGCAUCACCGGUUACCAUGGUAA